CAUUAAGCUCAAGACUUAAUUAGCUAGCUCUUUUGGUGGAUACUGCAGCUCGAUCUGCUUGAGCUCCAAGAAGAAAGGGGAAGAUAUGGCAAUGGAGGUCGGCACUUCAGCUGGUGAGGCGGUGGCGGCAGCGAAGUUCUCACUGCCGGUGGACUCGGAGAACAAGGCCAAGUCCAUCAAGAUCUUCUCCUUCGGCAACCCUCACAUGCGUGCCUUCCAUCUCGGGUGGAUGUCAUUCUUCGUCUGUGUCGUGUCCACCUUCGCCGCUGCCCCGCUUGUCCCCAUCAUCCGUGACAACCUCAACCUAACCAAGGCCGACAUCGGUAACGCCGGGGUCGCCUCUGUCUCCGGCGCCAUCUUCUCCCGGCUCGCCAUGGGUGCCGUAUGCGACCUCCUCGGCCCGCGCUAUGGCUGCGCCUUCCUCGUCAUGCUGUCUGCGCCCGCCGUCUUUUGCAUGUCCGUCAUCGACAGCGCGGCCGGCUACAUCGUUAUUCGCUUCCUCAUUGGUGUCUCGCUCGCCACCUUUGUGUCGUGCAGUUAUUGGAUGAGCACCAUGUUCAGUAGCAAGAUCACCGGGACCGUCAGUGGUCUGACGGCGGGGUGGGGCGACAUGGGCGGCGGCGCCACGCAACUCAUCAUGCCUCUCGUCUUCGACGCCAUCGAGGCGUGCGGCGCGACGCCUUUCACGGCGUGGCGCAUCGCCUACUUCGUGCCGGGGUUGAUGCUUAUGGUGAUGGGCUUGCUGGUGCUCACCAUGGGACAAGACCUCCCCGAUGGCAACCUCAGGAGCCUCCAGAAGAAUGGUGACAUGAACAAGGAUAAGUUCUCCAAGGUUUUCCGAGGCGCUGUCACCAACUACCGAACCUGGAUCUUAGUUUUCAUCUACGGAUAUUGCAUGGGCGUCGAGCUCACCACCAACAACGUCAUCGCCGAGUACUACUACGACAGCUUCCAUCUCGACCUCCGUGCUGCCGGAACUAUUGCCGCAUGCUUCGGCUUGGCUAAUAUCUUCGCUCGUCCGAUGGGCGGCUACCUCUCCGACCUCGGCGCCCGCUACUUCGGCAUGCGAGCCCGCCUCUGGAACAUCUGGAUCCUCCAGACCGCCGGUGGUGUCUUCUGCCUCUGUCUUGGCCGUGCAUCGGCCCUCCCGGCCUCCAUCGUAUGCAUGGUCCUAUACUCAAUAUGCGUCGAGGCUGCGUGUGGCGCCGUCUAUGGUGUCAUCCCCUUCGUCUCCCGACGGUCCCUUGGCAUCAUCUCCGGCAUGAGCGGUGCCGGCGGCAACGUGGGUGGAGGUGUCACACAGUUUCUCUUCUUCACGUCAUCGCAAUACUCCACCGCCAAAGGGCUCGAGUACAUGGGCAUCAUGAUCAUGGCCUGCACGCUCCCCGUCGCGCUCAUCCACUUCCCUCAAUGGGGCUCCAUGCUCUUGCCUCCCAGCACCGACGCCACAGAGGAGGACUACUAUGGUUCUGAGUGGAGGGAGGAGGAGAAGAGCAAAGGACUCCAUCUCGCGGGACAGAAGUUUGCCGAGAACUCCCGCUCGGAGCGUGGCAGGCGCAAUGUCAUCCUCGCAGUACCUUCGACACCGCCGAACAACACGCCCCAACAUGUAUAAUUAUAAGCUCUAGCUAGAUCGACUCAAGUUUUUCCCCCCCCUUUUAUCUCUGUAAAAUGUGCAUGCAUUCCCCAUGGGAUCGAGGCGGUGCGCCCCAUUAGGACGGUGUGGGGGUCUCUCACACCAAUGACUUUUUGUGGGCACUCCGAACCCCCUUCAGAGGAGUCUUUAGUCUAUAAAUAUGUAGGGUCCUGUGAUAUGUUUUGAGUCAUCAAUAUGAGAAAAUUUUGUUGUGCAUGCACAUGCA